CACAUAUUAUAGAUGCAGUGUCGCUAAUAGCGCGUAGAUUUCGCGCUGAACUGUGCUCAAUAAUUGUGCGGACUCAUCCGGACUGUUUAUAUUGUGUUGGUCGAGUGCAUAAAGCCUACAGAUAAAAUUGUCGCCCACGUCAUGAUGCUGCUCUUUGCGGUUCUGCUGGCUGUUUGUGCACCAUUAGCGUUCGGCCAGUCGCCAAAGCCCAAUGUUCCAGGACCUUGUCAGUGGUUCGGUGGCGCUGUCGUCAAUGAUUGCGCCAAGUGCUCAUCCGGAACUUGUAUAAAAGACGCGAAUUCUACAGCUCCAGGACUGUGCUGCCUGACAACGCUUGUUGAUAAAGCUGCCUGUUUGCGGCUCAAUGGGACAACCUCGUGUUCGGGGUGUGAUUCAACCUGCGUAUCUCUGAAGGACAAGUCAUUUUGCUGUCUUACCGGACAAGGAAGUACGAAAUGCUCCAUAGAGAAAAUGGUAAGAAUGAACCCGAAGCAGUGCAGUGAAUUGUUGAAGCCACUAACGAACAACUCAACUUCAAUCGCAGCCGGCUGCCGAACGAUUUCUGAUGUACUUGGCUGUCUUGCGAGAGCGUUUGUGAACACGACGGAUGUAAACGCUAUGGGCACCUGCAUUGAAGAGUUGACGGCAGAACUUAAAGAAGAUCCGAAUGCAUCCGGCAUUUUGCUGAAUUUUCUGACUACAAAUAAUCUAACAAUUGGGAUUCCAAAUUUUAGCUAUGCGUUGUGUCAAGGAAUAGGAUCAAACGCGACAUGUACUACCACCGAUCUCAUCAACUCGUUGUCUGCCGAGCCUUUAACGUGCCGUCAACCGUUUUCGCCUCUCCUCAACCGGUCUAACUCCAUAGCUACCGGAUGUGGCGCCCUACGGGAGGGGAUUGAGUGUCUUACUAACGCGUCCUUAAAACGCACGGCUUCCUCAACCAGCCCGUUGAAAUGCCAAGCAGAUGUGUUCGCAGAACUCCGCCAGAGCAAAUCUUACAACGACCUUCUAGACUUUAUGAAGCGAUCUUUUGGUUUUGCGAUAGCGAUACCAGACUUUCACUUUCAAGCCUGUCAAGAGAACUGGAACACUUCCUGUGCGCCGGCGGUUAUUUUACCCACUUCCGAGUGCAUGAGCGAUUGUCACGGCACCACGCCGUGUACCAGCGGUCAGGAAUGCUGUUCUCAGAAAUGCAGCAACGGAAAGGAAGCAAGAAAAUGUGCUCCUGACAUGAGGCAAUGCGCAGAUGUUACUGCUAUAUCACAGUACGCCGUUCAGUGUAUGAACUUUUUUGGCAAUGCGACCGUCGAGGGUAUUACGUUUGACGCUUACUGCAGUAACCUCUGGGGCGGGCUGAAAUGCGUAGCAGAGAAGAUGAUGGGUACACGACCGCGAUACUCCACGGAGUGCGUGACCCGUAUGGCCUUGUACCUGAGACUUAGCCCGACGGUGAUAACCGACCGUCUGAAGCAGCUGCUGCUGAUAGCGAACAUCAAACAAGAGUAUGCGCUGAACUCCACGCGGUGUUCAGAAAAUCCACUGAUGACUGAACCCAUUCCUAGCCGACCAGGAACGGGCAACAAGUCAGCAUGCGCGAACCCGGAUACGGUGGUCGGCUACGUCACGUCCGGUGCAUGCAAGCCUCCUGCGAACACGGAUGUUACUGAAAAGAAUUGCCAAGCUUUUGGUGCAAUGUUGGAUUGCAUCGCCAAAGGAUUAGUACGUGACAUGGGCAUAUCCGACGACGGCGGGCUGCAUCGAAGCCUUUGCGUGGACACCAUGACCCAGAUGAUGUCAGACUCUCAGUCCACACUCAAAAGGCUUUUCGAAGGAAAAACGGGUGGGUUCGACCCCAAGGAAUGCGUUGUGCACGCAACAGUGUGUGGAACGGGAAAUGGUCGUCCGCUCGAAGGACGCACAUGCAGUGGCCGAGAGGCAUGCCCAUCCGGGUACAAAUGUGUGGACAAAUACUGCUGUCCGGAAGAAAAGUCCGGCAUAUGCCCGGAUUUUUCCGGGAAAAGGCCUCCGUGCAAUGCGCGCUGUAAGAAGGAUUCCGAUUGCGGAUCGCAAGAGAAAUGUUGCAACGUGGGAUGCAAUGGUGGGAGCACGUGUGUGCCUUUAGUGUCUCACAACUUCUCGAAAUGCGAACGAGAGUUUGACAACGCCAAACAGCUGCUGAUUGUGUCCGGUGAAUGCGGGGAUGGCAACAGCGUCCUAAGGAUCCCAAAGUGCGAGAAUAGCAGGUUUGCUCCAAUGCAAGGUGACAUUGAGAAGAGUCGCUUUUAUUGCGUCGAUGAACAUGGCGACAAGAUAGCUGGCUCGGACCAUUCGGAUGUUGUCGACUGUACAAAAGUGAAUGCUGGAAAAUGUCCUGCCAAACCAGCCGUCUGCGCCAACAAAGCGUCACCGGAUAUCUAUCAAUGCAAUGACGACAGCAAAUGCGCAGCGUAUCAGAAAUGUUGCAUGACUGAGCUGUCAAACGUCUGUAUAACCGGCUGUGUGAACGUGACGCAAGCGGAUGCUGCUGUACAGGAAGAUUGCCCCAACCCCGUGUGCUGCCCGAUAACGCUAUGCCAGGACCAGGUUUGUGCCGCUGACGUCACGGCCACAUGCCGGAUCCAAUCGUGCGGCCAGUGCUCCGUGAAAUUCUACAAUAAAGACGGCCAUGUGAAAGACUGCGAAGCUGGGGUGCCAAAAUGCAAAGUGCAACGUAUAACGGCGAGAAUUGCAAACGCCAAAAUGAAGAAGACAGCUGGGCAGAAACUUGGCGCAUUUAUCAACAGUCGCCUGCGUAAGUCAAACGGGUCGUCAGCCGCAAUGGUUGACGUCAUGCAUACCGAAGUUGACGUCAUGGAAACGGAGGGCGAUCUUCUGGACAGACUUCCAGACGAUCCGGAAAUGGGCAUGCAGCAUAACGAGAGGUCCGUCCCAAAGGUUGACCAUUUUUGUAACCUACUGAACAAGUUUGCACCAUGCCAGCGCGGCAACUGCUCAUUGGGCGACCCUUCCAGGUCCGUGUGGCAGCUGUGCACGUGCGAGCCGGGUUACUAUGGGCUGCUGUGCGAGAAGAAUGACACGGAUCAGAGCAAAUAUCUGUCAAGAAGUCCGUGCGAACGGGACAGACACAGCAUCGAUACCAUCCGCUCGCUUUUAAGGAAUGCCACAACCAGCCGCCUGUCGGCAGUGGUCGCCAUGUAUAUAAAGAUGCGCAGCGCCGACAUCCGCUUUUUACCGGAGAUCACCUGCGGCUCUGGACUAGAGUUCAAUGCCACGCAGAGGGCGCUGCUGCUCCCAGACCGUGGCGUACACAUUUCCUACUGCUCCAACCGAACCACAGGGAAGCCGGUACCCAACACCCUGGUGUUCGCAGCGGAGAGUGCAGGCACCCUGACAAGACCUGACUGCAACAUCAUCGUCCAACAGGAUCCCUUAAGUCUUCCUCAGCGAUGCUUGUUCAGCAAGCGACAGAACUGUACGUCCUUGAACUGCGGAUAUUUCUAUGAUCUUACGAGUCAGCGGUGCAUGAAAGGAGCCCCGACUGUGCAUAGUUUCGACUCGCUUACUGACUGCUAUGAAACCUGUUCAUUCAGUUACAAGUGCAAUAUAACAAAUACUCCGGACUAUUGCACAAUAUCCUCCAGUCCGAAGCCUUGUCAAGACACAACCGGAAAAUCUGUGUGUGACUACCGGAAACAGUUCUGUCACGUGAGCGAGAAUUCAGACAUGAACAUGACUCAGAUGGGCUCGUGCAAAGAUUUCCCUGCGUUUUGUUUACUGAACAAGAGCGCAGGAUACCACGUGAUGGGCGUUGCUAAGGAGCCUGCGUAUUUCUACAACGCCACCUCGCGGCGCUGCGAGAGAUUCCUGUACCUCGGAAUGGGAGGCAAUAACAACCGAUUUAGUAGUUUGCACCAGUGUCACACGGAGUGCGGGGCUCGUGCGUACAAGUAUGAUGAUGUAAGCUGCCCGCUACCCACUUUACUGAUGGAGUCAUACCCGGAGAUACAAGAGGACGUUUGCGACAACGAUUAUGGGUGCCCAGAUGGUCAAGUAUGUUGCUCCAAUGGGAUGUUCCAUGUGUGCGCCAGUCCUGUUAAAACAUGCGUUGGAGGCGGAAGAUGCUCCCUAGACGGGAUCUGUGACAGGGGAAACUGCACGUGCCCUGAGUGCGAUACCGAUGCACCACUUCCGGUUUGCGGUUCCGACGGCACAACGUACCACAGCCUAUGUGCGUUACAUCGGCGGGCGUGCCAGACUAUGGCAAACAUCACCGUGGCAUAUUACGGGGCCUGCCAUCGAGAAAUGUGCAACGGAAUGCAGUGCAAGGAAUACGAGAGCUGCAGUAACAACACAUGCGCCUGUUCGAACCUCUGUACGAUGGAGUACGAACCGCUUUGCGCCGUGGUACCGGGUCGGAACAUCAAGCGUCAAUUCGGAAACAAGUGUCACCUAAUGUCGGUUGCCUGUCAAACGCACACGCGCUACGUGGUCAUCCGUAACGGAACGUGCGAUUUCAAGACACCAGUCACGUGUGAAGCGAUGUGUACAAGCGAAUAUGACCCUGUGUGUGUGCUGUACCCGGGAACUUCCGGCACUCCAGUCACGCUACCCAACAUGUGUCACGUUGACAAGUGCGCCGAGAAUGAGGCCAGCACUAGGCCACACGUGUUGUACAGCGGGGAGUGUCAAGGCCGAUGCGGUGCAAAUCUUACCUGUCAGAUGUAUCAGCAGUGCGUGAAUGGCACGUGCGGUUGCAAUAGCGUGUGCACUAAGGAGCUGAGACCAGUCUGUGCGUAUGCGGUUAAUGUCCCGGAACAGCUGAAAACUUUCUCGAACGAGUGUGAAAUGCGGCGCGAAGGAUGCCUCACGGCAACUCGCUACAUUAUAGUGGAGUUCGGGCCAUGCGUAAAACCAGCUCCGAAAUCCGAUUGUCCGGCAACGCGACCGGAUGUUCCUAACAGCUACAGCUUCUCGUGCAGAGUGGAAACGGAUGCGUUCUGCGACAGGGAGACAGAAAAGUGUUGUCCGUACGGCGCCGGGACCAGAUGUGUUCCCAGAUCAAGCCUUAUAGUCCGCACAGAAGUCAAGUUCGGCUUCUGUCCACGUAUCACUCCGCUCACGUAUGAUCUAUCCGAAUGUCACAGCGACAUCUGCGGGCAAGAUGGUGACUGCGCUGGAAUGGGAAAAUGUUGUGUGAAUGUCGUCUGCGGCCAUUCUACUUGCGCGGUCCCUGAGAUGCCUCACGCAUAUGAAAAUCCGCAAACAACUGUGUGCGGCGCAGACUUUACGGAAAUACCCGAUGUUGAGUGCGAUCCUUCCGUUAACGCUUCCUCGUGCCCCGUCGGUUCAUCGUGCAAACGGGCGCGUAUUGGCGAAGAAGCAAUUGGUGUCUGCUGCUCCAAGAUGGCCACCGACUUAGCAAAUAACCCAGAAAUUCGAGCCCGACAGACAUUGUGCAGGUUAAUGGAGGUUGUGGGUAUUGGUUGUCCCGGAGGACGGAAGUGCCUGGGCGACCUUAGAGGAGGUCGAGUAUGCGGCGUAGAGGACCAGGGGAAUUGCUCAAUUGGGAUUGUACAGUGUGUUGUGAACCCGUGUAACGUCAGUACCUGUUCCAAUUACCCGACAGCCAAGUGCACGGCGAACUAUUGCGGAGGAUGUCAUGCGGUAUAUACAAUGGAGGGCAAGGACGUUACUCACUUGUGCAAUGCCACUCUCUGUCAGAAUGAACGGGAUUUCUACGAAAAACUCAACAAUGCUGGUUUAAUGAAAACCACGACCGCUUUGCAAGAAAUAAAUAUGUUUGCUGAUCACAUGAGACUGGCCUUACGCAUGCAAGGCGUGCACAAUAUUCCUUCAAACGGAACGAUCGUCUGCGAUAGCGCUGGAAAUUACAGACCGUAUCAACACUACAUGAACGCCAAAGGCGAAGUCCACAAACUCUGUGUGAACACCAAAACCGGGGUGCCCUAUGGCCGUCCUGACCCAGAACAACCAUGCGACGAACACGACAAUGCAUCGCGACCGGAACUGUGUUCGGAGAAACCGGAUCUGGUUGGAACGUGCGAUGACUCGGAGACGGAGAGGUACUACUUUAACCCUGACAGCGCUUCCUGUGAAAUGUACAUAGACAGGGGUUGUAAUGUGAUGACCCCUAACAGCUUUAACGACCUGGUGGCUUGCACUAGUGUUUGCGGGGGAUACGGACGAUCCUCUCCUUGUGCAGUAAUGAAGUGUGCCACUGGUACUCAUUGCGUAGUCAACAGCGGGAGCGCCAUGUGUAAAGCUUUGGGCGAAAAUAAUGGUUCCGGACAUCUGGAGCCAGUUUGUGACAAAGAAGGAAAGUUCAUGAAAAGGCAGUGUUACCAAGGCGUUUGCGCAUGCGUGGACCCAGAUACCGGAAGCGUCACGAACGCCACCGACUGCAAUAAGGAGCUUCCAGUCGGACAAGCAACAAACAACGUUGACUUUUCGUCCUGCGGCCCUGGUAUCUCGACCAAACGCAUAUACUGCCCCAAUGACGGGGACGGUUGCAAUGGGUGCCGGAUCCAAACGAUGUCACAUCCCAUGGAGCAGUGUUCCAAAUGUCAGACGUGCCCCACCCAGUCGCCACCAGCGUGCGGCGCGCAAUGCAAUGUGACGUCAGUGUGUAAGGAGCGACCGUAUGCCCUGUGCAGAAUCAACAAGUGCGACUGUACCGCGGAAUUUGUGGAGAACGGAAAAGUGGUGACCAACUGCGAGAAAGCUCAAUCAAAAUGCGAGAUGAAGAAAUUGUCAUUGGAUCAGCAAGCAAAGCAGGGUUCGUUAAAAGGAGAGAAAGCACCGGAGGUGCAGUACCGGUGCAGCAAAACGGGGUCAUUUGAAGUCAUAUGCCAGGCCGGAAGCUGCCACUGCCUGAACGCCACAAGCGGGGAUCCAGUAGGAUCGGCAAUACGUGGAGCUUUGGAAUCUGUUGAUUGUACGGAGACGCAGAUGAAAACUAAACCGAAGUCAGUCAAGGUUCGACUUACAGUGGCCAAAGACAAGAAACUGGCUGAUUUCAGUGCGCAGGCGCGGCAGGAAAUUAUAGACAAAAUCAAACGUGAAAUGGAAAAGAAAGCUCCCGGAUCAAAUGUCACAGUUGUGUUGCGAGACGGUAGCAUUCUCGCUGACGUUACAGUUGAGAGUACGGGUCAGAGUGACGUAGAGGGAGUGGACAUAAAUUCGGCCGCAGAGUCCUUUAUUGCAGAGGCAAACAUAAACGGCAUAGAAUUGACUGUAGGCGGCGAAACUUUCAGUACGGAGACCGGGACCGCCUCCCUCACGGAAAUAGUCGUUGAGAACCCGGUCACAGAGCGGCCGUCAGAACGGGACGACAACGACGACAAGAAUAGAAGGAAUAGAAUCAUCAUAAUUGUUGUUGUUGUUGUGGGCGGGUCAGCGUUGAUUGCGAUCGGAAUCGGUAUCUAUUGCUACAAAAAGGCUAACAAGUCAAAGAACAUGCAGCCAUUUUCAGACAUCCAAGGCAAAAACAACCCCGUCUAUAACAAUGAGGUUCAGAAUUGAAAUAGAAAACAACCACAACGCACGAAUGCAUUGAAACGCCUGAAAACAACUACACAAGAAUAUGAAACUGAAAUUAAAAAAACAACAACAAGGUUUUUGCAUGUGAAUGCACGGAUCAAUCUGAAAAGUAUACAUUAUGCCUACAAAAUGUUAACAUUCUUCAAGCUUUGUACUUGGUUACCGGUAGAUGUAAGGCGCUACUCCUUAACCCAUUUAUGCAUAGCGUCAAAAAAAAAAAAUUGGCAAACAGCGUAGACCCAGAUGAGACGUCGCAUACUGCGGCGUCUCAUCAGGGUCUCCGCUGUUUGCUUAAAGAAAUUUAUAUUAGAAAUAUUCUAAAUAUAGAAAUAAAUAUACUACACAUCCCUAAUUUUGAAAAUAAAUUUGAUCCAAUUAAGAAGGAUGGGAGAGUCCACUAGGCAUUAAUGGGUUAAGGUCCAGAUCAAACAUGUGCAUAAUUCAGCUAGUAAGAUAAUCACAAGCACCAUUGGCUCUGGGCUCGACAUGUUGGCGACAGGCAUCUAUAUUUGCAUAUAGAUGUGACUCUAUUCUGUUAACGUGUUGGUGUAAAAAAUGAAGUCUUCGUUCGACACUACUUUGCUGUUGCAAGUCCAUGCUGCAGUUGAUUGAACAAAGUAUUUGGACCAAAAUAUUUUGCUGACAGAAAUCCGAUCAGAAUGGACAGAUGCACAUUUGUUCAUGCUUUGCUUUACUUUUUUCUUCACAAAAGCUAGAUGUUGUGAUUGUUGAUAAAUUAUUUUGUUUCCGACAAAAUAUUUAUUUACAUAAAUACAAAUACAAUUUUGUAAAUAUUUUUCUUCAGUUUUCCAAAAAAACACGUUUACAUUGUUUGGUGUUGUUAAAUGUUUAAAAUUGAAAAGUGAGUUUGGUAUUGAUACAUAUAUUUUAAUGUUUUUGUAAAUAUAUACAAAUGGAUUGGUGCAUAUAUUCUCUUAAAGUGUUUGUAUCUAAAACCCAAUAGCGUACUGAUAUUGUUAUGCCUGUUGAUGAAGUUAUUUGUCAUGCUUAAACCAUGUUUUUAAAGGAGAUUCCAGUAAAAGGUAUUUACAUUUCACUCAAUACUUUUAAAUCGUCUUUGAAGGAAACCAGAAAGAACGUGUUUGACAAUUAUCUGCGUGCUCGUUGGUUACAGUAUUAGGUAAGAUCGCGUGUUUUUUACAAAAAAACACACGCUUAGUGUGCUUGUAUUUGUGUGCUCGUUCCGUUAAAUGUUUUGCAUAAAAAAUGAUAGUGUUGCACUUUUAUAACGCAUACAUAAUUAUUAUACAUUCCUCGUGACAGUUCUUUAUUUUCAUGUUUGUUUCUACUUUAUUUUCACUUUAUUUUCAUUAUUGUGCCUAUACUUUACAUAAUAUAACCUUUUUCUACUUAUUUUUAUGAAUACUCAAAAUCAGUGAUAUAUGUAUUAAACUUUAUAAUAUGUGUAUUAUAUGCAUAUAUGUCUAUACCAAUAAAUAUUUACUUGUA